AUGGCACCAGAAUAUGCAUUGUGGGGAUAUUUAACAUACAAAGCAGAUGUUUACAGUUUUGGAGUUGUGGCAUUGGAAAUUGUUAGUGGGAAGCACGAUUUGAGUUAUGAACCAGAAGAAAAUUUUAUUUGUCUUCUAGAUUGGGCCUGCCACUUACCGCAAAAUGGAAACCUAGCAGAGCUAGUGGAUGAGAACUUGGGAUCUGAAUUUGAGAAAGAAGAAGCAGAAAAGAUGAUUAAAGUGGCUCUCUUAUGCACAAACGCUUCACAUUCUUUAAGACCAACCAUGUCUGAAGUAGUGAACAUGCUGGAAGGAACUAGCAUCAUACCGGAUGUGAUCCCGGAAGAAAGUAGUUACUAUGAAGAUAUGAGGUUUAAAACCAUAAAAGAUCACAAGCAAAUGAGAAGUCAGAGAGUGGAAGGAAGCGAGGACCAUAAUUCAACAUCAAACUGGGGUUCCUCUACUUCUGCUAAUGAUCUAUAUGAAAUCAAGGAGGAGUCAUAUAAGAGAUUCAAAGCUUGGAGAGACCAUUAUAAACAGAUAGAAAUCCCAAGCGAGGUUUCAACUUCAGCACCUUCAAAGACGGCCUCUUCCUUAGCAUCUGUCCAUGAUAUCACUAAAAAUUCCGGAUAA